AUGUAUCGACUACGACGAGCACCGAUGAUUAGCUUCCGCCAGAAGCACAUGUCGACCGGCGUCGACCGGCGGGGCGUCCCAUCCUUCGAGAAGCGCGCGGUCCUCGAGCUCUCGGACGGCUCCAAGUACCCCGGCAUCUCGUUCGGCGCCGACCAGUCGAUGGCGGGCGAGGUCGUCUUCACGACGGGCAUGGUCGGGUACCCCGAGGCCUUGACGGACCCGUCCUUCCAGGGCCAGAUCCUCAACAUGACCUUUCCCAUGAUCGGCAACUACGGCGUGCCCUGCACGAAGGAGCUCGACCAGUAUGGCCUCAACAAGCACCUCGAGAGCAACCGGAUCCACGCGGCCGGUAUGAUCGUCCAAGACUACUCCAAGCACCACAGCCACUGGAACGCCAAGUCGUCGCUCUCUGAGUGGCUCGUCAAGGAAGGCAUUCCGGCGAUCGCUGGCAUCGACACGCGCGCGCUCACCAAGAAGAUCCGCGCGAAGGGCGCGCUCACGGGCCGCAUCGUGGUCGACGGGUCGCCGGCGCCAGCGUUUGAGGACCCCAACUCGCGCAACCUCGUCGCCGAAGUGUCGACCAAGGACGUGAAAAUCUACGGCAAGGGCAACCCGCUCAAGAUCCUCGCGGUCGACUGCGGCAUCAAGUACAACAUCAUUCGCCAGCUCGUCCAGCGCGGCGCCGAGGUAAAGCUCGUGCCGUGGGACCACGACAUUGUGUCGGAAAUGAGUUGGUACGACGGGCUCUUCAUCUCGAACGGCCCCGGCGAUCCGGCCAUGCUCCAGCACACAGUGGCGCAGCUCGAAAGCAUCAUUGCGAGCGACAACGUCAAGCCCAUCUUUGGCAUCUGUCUCGGGAACCAGCUCCUCGGUCGCGCGGCCGGUGCAGACACGUACAAGCUGCCGUUCGGCAACCGUGGCCAGAACCAGCCCGUGAACAACCUCAAGACGGGCCAGUCGUACAUUACGGCGCAGAACCACGGGUAUGCGCUCGACGGGAAGAAGCUCCCGACCGAGUGGGAAGAGCUCUUUGUGAACGGCAACGACGGCACGAACGAAGGCAUCAUCCACAAGACCAAGCCGUUCUUCACGGCGCAGUUCCACCCCGAGCACGCGGGCGGCCCGACGGACACGGAGUUCCUCUUUGACACGUUCCUCGACGCCGUGCGCACCAAGACGACGGGCCCGAUCACGUCGCUCGUGCAGCGGCCGCCGACGACGCGCCCGCAGUUCAAAAAGGUGCUCAUUCUUGGCUCCGGUGGCCUCAGCAUUGGCCAAGCCGGCGAGUUUGACUACUCGGGGUCGCAGGCCAUCAAGGCGCUCAAGGAAGAGAACAUUCACACGAUCUUGAUCAACCCGAACAUUGCGUCCGUCCAGACCAACGUCGACAAGUCGACCGAGGCGCAGGCCGACAACGUCUACUACUUGCCGGUCAACUCGGACUUUGUCGAGCAAGUCAUUCGCCGCGAGCGCCCGGACGGUAUCCUCAUCUCGAUGGGCGGCCAAACCGCGCUCAACUGCGGUGUCGACCUUCACCACAAGGGCAUUCUCGAAAAGUACAACGUCAAGGUGCUCGGCACGCAAAUCCCCGUCAUCGAAGCGACCGAAGACCGCGAGAUCUUCAACGCGAAGCUCAAGGAGAUCAACGAGAAGAUUGCGACGAGCUUUGCGGCCGAGUCGGUCGCCGAGGCGCUCGAAGCCGCCGACAAGAUUGGGUACCCGGUCAUGAUCCGGUCGGCGUUUGCGCUGGGCGGUCUCGGCAGCGGCAUCUGCGAGGACAAGAAGGAGCUCACCAAGAUGGCCAAGAAGGCGUUUGCGGGCUCGCCGCAGAUCCUCGUCGAGCGCUCCAUGAAGGGCUGGAAGGAAGUCGAGUACGAGGUUGUGCGUGACGCGGCCAACAACUGCAUCACGGUCUGCAACAUGGAGAACUUUGACCCGCUCGGCAUCCACACGGGCGACUCGAUGGUCAUUGCGCCGUCCCAGACGCUCAGCAACCGCGAGUACCACAUGCUCCGCGAGACCGCGCUCAAGGUCGUGCGCCACCUCGGCAUCGUCGGCGAGUGCAACAUCCAGUAUGCGCUCAACCCCGAGAACGAGGAGUACUGCAUCAUUGAGGUCAACGCGCGUCUCUCUCGCUCGUCGGCGCUCGCGUCCAAGGCCACGGGCUACCCGUUAGCGUUUGUCGCCGCCAAGCUCGGCCUCGGUAUCAACCUCCCGGAGCUCAAAAAUUCGGUGACCAAGUCGACGUCGGCGUGCUUUGAGCCGUCGCUCGACUACUGCGUCGCCAAGGUGCCCCGCUGGGAUCUCUCCAAGUUUGAGCACGUGAGCACGGAGAUUGGCUCGAGCAUGAAGAGUGUCGGCGAGGUCAUGGCGAUCGGCCGCACGUUUGAAGAGACGAUCCAGAAGGCGCUGCGCAUGGUUGAGCCGAGCAUCGAAGGGUUUGAGCCCAAGGCCAAGGACGCGCUCUCGAAAGCCGACUUGAUUGCGGCGCUCCAACGCCCGACCGACAAGCGCAUGUACCAGAUCGCGUACGCGCUCCGGGAAAACAUCCUCUCGGUGCAGGAGAUCCACGAUUUGACCAAGAUCGACACGUGGUUCCUCAGCCGCCUCCAGCGCAUUGCCGACCUCGACGACGACCUCACCAAGCUUGGCAGCCUCAGCGCUGUCCCGGACCAUCUCCUCCGCGAGGCCAAGGAGGUCGGCUUUUCGGACCGCCAGCUCGCGCGCAUGCUCAACUGCUCGGACGACGCGGUGCGCGCGGACCGCAAGGCCCGCGGCAUCAUUCCGGUCAUCAAGCAGAUCGACACGCUCGCGGCCGAGUACCCGGCGGCGACCAACUACCUCUACACGACGUACAACGCGUCCGAGAACGACGUGGCCGACCAGCCGCCGAACGACGGCGUCAUGGUGCUCGGGUCGGGUGCCUACCGGAUUGGCAGUUCGGUCGAGUUUGAUUGGUGUGCUGUCUCGUGCAUUCGGACGCUCAAGAAGCUCGGUCGCCGCGCAGUCAUGCUCAACUACAACCCCGAGACGGUCUCGACCGACUAUGACGAGUGCGACCAGCUCUACUUUGAAGAGCUCUCGAAGGAGCGCAUCCUUGACGUCUACGAUCGCGAAAACGUUGCCGGCGUCGUCGUCUCGGUCGGCGGCCAAAUCCCCAACAACGUGGCGCUGCCCCUGCACAAGGCCGGCGUCCGCGUCCUCGGCACGUGCCCGACGAUGAUUGACUCGGCCGAAGAUCGCCACAAGUUUUCCGAGCUCAUGGACCGCGCCGGCGUGCGCCAGCCCGCGUGGAAGGAGCUCACGAGCCUCGACGCGGCCAAGGUGUUUGCGCACGAUGUGGGCUACCCCGUGCUCGUCCGCCCGUCCUACGUGCUUUCCGGUGCGGCCAUGAACGUCGCCUACUCGGACGACGACCUCGCGCGCGUCCUCGGCGAAGCCGCCGCCGUCUCGCAGGACCACCCGGUUGUCAUUACCAAGUUUGUCGAAGGCGCGCGCGAGAUUGAGCUCGACGGUGUCGCCCGCAACGGCGAGAUCAUCGCGGCGGCGGUCUCGGAACACGUCGAGAACGCUGGCGUGCACUCUGGCGACGCCACCUUGAUUCUGCCGCCCGUCGACCUCAGCGCGUACUACAUUGACCAGGUCCGCCACGCCGGCGCCAAGAUCGCCAAGGCGCUCAACAUUUCCGGGCCGUUCAACGCGCAGUUUUUGGCCAAGGGCGCGGACGUGCUCGCGAUCGAGUGCAACUUGCGUGCGUCGCGCAGCUUUCCGUUUGUCUCGAAGACGGUGGGCGCCGACUUUAUUAGCGCGGCGACCAAGGUCAUGGUCGGCGCCGACACGUCCAAGGACAACCUCCCGGGCCUCUUUGACCCGAUCCGGCCGCAAGAGUACGUCGGUAUCAAGUCGCCCAUGUUUUCGUACACGCGACUCGGCGGCGCGGACCCGCUCCUCGGCGUCGAGAUGGCGUCGACGGGCGAGGUCGCGUGCUUUGGCAAGACCAAGCACGAAGCGUUCCUCAAGGCGCUUCUCUCGUCCAACUUCAAGCUGCCGAAGAAGAAUGUGCUCCUCUCGAUGCAGGACAAGGUGUCGCCCGACUUCGUGCACCACGCGCACGACCUCGUGAACCUCGGCUACACGCUCCACGCGACCGAGAAGACGCACGCGUUCCUGGCCAAGUACAACGUGCCGAGCGUCAAGCUGGCCUUCCCGCUCGACGAAGAGAGCGCCGAAGAGAAUGUGCUCAACUACAUUAAAGAAGGCAAGAUCGACCUCGUCAUCAACCUCCCGACGUCCGACUCGAAGCGGCUCAAGGACAACUACCUCAUCCGCCGGACGGCCGCCGACUUUUCGAUCCCGCUCUUGACCAACGUGAGCCUCGUCAAGCUCUUUGUCGAGAGCAUGCGCAUCCACCGCGAGAAGCCGCUGCUCGGGCUCGAGUCGUCGAGUCUCUUUGACUACUACGACUCGGAAGACGAGAAGCCGUGGACGGCGCCCAACGAGUUUCACUAG